UCUCCGCAGCUGGAGCUCCAGUUGACCAGCGUCGCAACCGAGCGAUGCGCCUCCAUGAGUCCCGUCCUCUUCUCCCUUCACGCGGCGUGUUUGAGCUCCUUCGCCUUCUCCUCUGACUCAGUGUUUCUCUGCAGUUUUUCCUUUUUCACGACGUCAGUCUCAUUUCCAGAGAAAACUUCCCGGGACAAGGUUUUCACACCUCUUUCAACAGGCUUUCUGGGCGAACUCCUGAGGGAGGAUCUGCUUUGGAAACACCGACUCGUUUCAAUUUGAAACCAGCCACUGACAACUGAUAACUUCACCGAAGAUGGUUCAGGAGACACCGGACAGACUCUGAUUUGUGUCCUCAGACUCGAGAGCAUCUCCAGGCAGAAUAACAGGGAGCAGAGGUGCGACUGUCAACAGGCUGUUCUAAGGUGCAGCAGCAAUAACCAGCAACCAUGCUGUCACUGGACGAGCCGCUGGACUUGAAGAUUCCCUCGGGACGGACCCACGGUCCGGUGAGAUUAGGGAAGAGGGCUUGUCCUUCGUCUAUCUGUGCGCCGCUCAGCACCACGCGACCACGCCUGCUAUGUUCAACCUUUCCCUCACCGCCCUCCUCCCCAGAUUCCCAGUCUCCCUCUCAUGAACGACCCGGGUCCUGCUUCACUCCUCCGGCCAUGGACCUCAGCCUGUCCCCAUCCUCCCGCCACGCUUCAUCACUCUCCCCGUCUCCUUCCUCCCCCUACUCCCCAUCCCCGUCCUCCCCCCUGGAGUCCCCUCACAGCAGCCACAGCCCCCAGCCCCACGUGUUCUCUCGGGAAGCAGCUCGCCAUCAAGGUGUGGAGGGCGGAGCAUCACCGCAGGGGUUUCCGUUUUAUCUGCCGAUUGGAAGCCCGUCGAGGAGCUACAGCUUUCCCUCGUCCAUGUUCAUCAGCCAGAACAGAGAGAAGCCAGUUUCCCCAGAGCCCUCACUGGACGGUCAACUCGCCUGCCGCUGGAUGAAAUGCCACCUGCUGUUCGAUUCCCUGCAGGACCUGGUUGAUCACAUCAAUGACUUCCACGUCAAGCCUGAAAAGGAUUCUGGGUACUGCUGCCAGUGGGAGGGCUGUGCUCGGAAUGGAAGAGGUUUCAACGCCAGGUACAAAAUGCUGAUUCACAUCCGCACACACACCAACGAGAAGCCACAUCAUUGUCCUACCUGUAACAAGAGCUUCUCACGCCUGGAGAACCUGAAAAUUCACACCCGCUCACACACAGGAGAAAAACCCUACAUCUGCCCUUAUGAAGGCUGCAGCAAACGUUACUCCAACUCCAGCGACCGCUUCAAACACACCCGCACCCACUACGUUGACAAGCCUUACUACUGCAAGAUGGCAGGCUGCUUGAAGCGCUACACAGAUCCCAGCUCGCUACGCAAGCACAUCAAGGCCCAUGGGCAUUUUGUUGCCCAGGAGCAAGGUGCCCCGAGCAGGCUGGGGUCUGGGCUGGGCCUGCUUGGGCACCAGAGCGCUGCUGAACUGUCCUCUGUAGGCGGAGCCCACAUCAUCAUACCCGGAGCUGCUGCAGCUCUUCUCGGAGGUCUCGGGACCUCUUUGCCUCUUUCUGCUUUCUGCCAUGCCAGAGCCCUGGGCCACCAUGGGGCACCACUCUUCUCUAUUGGAGGAGGCAGCAGCAUGGGGCCUCUCGGGCUCUCGGACUCCCCUCUGCUACACUUUGGACUGUCGGCAGCUUCAAUGUUAGGGCUGGGAGCUCUGGGAGGUCUGGGGCGGAUGGUGGGGAAGGAGAUGGAAGGCGAAGAACAAGAGGAUGAAGGAGAUUUGGGGGAGGUGUUAAACCUGUCUGCAGGGGUGGCGACUAGACGUAAUGACGCUCUGUCCUGGGUGGUUGUCCCCCCGAGGGCCCUCCUACUCAAACCAGCUGUUGUCAGCUAAGAGGUGCACUCAGCAAUUCAAAAAGAACCAGGAAGUGUUUAUUUGUGGUUUUCUUUGUCUGUGUUUGUGUGCAUAUGUCAGGACGUGUGUUUUCACAGAAAUACAUAAGAAAAAAAAGUCAGACAGAAAGUGAGUGAACAAAACCAAACACACUCUUGAGUGUCUGGUCGCACAAUGUUCUUGCACCAUGAGUGUUUCAGUUGUCUCACAAUGAAAAGGGUAACUUCACCCAAAUAACUAAAAACAUGUAUACUUUAGUCGAGCAGGACCAUUUUUACCUCCUGAGAUUUUUAAGUAUCCUUCCGAGAUGAAGAUUUGGAUUCAUCAGUGAUGUUUGUACAGGCACUCAUGGUCGCCAGAGGAUAAAUCAUCCUUUGGUGAUUCCCUGAUUUUAUCCUGUGCCAUCAUCACGUCAACAACAUUAGUCCUGUUAGCAAAUGUUAUCUUGCUAAUAUGUUAGAGAAAACAUUACACCUGUAAAGUUACUGUGAGCAUGUAAACAUACUAAUGUUAGCAUUUAGCUUAAGUGACCAUGCUAACAUGCUAAACUAGACAUCAAACCUUUAACCAUCAUCAUAUUAGUAUUGUCACUGUGAGCAUGUAAGCUUAUGAUGUUAGCAUUUAGCAUUAAGCGCCACUUUGCCUCCAGCCACAGCUAACUAGCAUAGCUGGAGGCACUUGCUCUCGUUGCAGCGAGCCUUAAAAAUCUAAUUCCGUUUGAGGAAGAUGUCUUAAAAAAAUCAGGAGAUAAAAAAUCAGUCUGCUUGGUCUGUUUCCAGAAAAGUGAGGGAAACAUUUGUUUUGGGUGAACUGAUCCUUUAACAUUUUUUGAUUCGUACAUAUCCCUUUCGUUCAUCUUUGUGAUCGAUAUAUAUUUUUACAGCAGACAAUCAAUUGUAUUAGAUUUACUGGACCAGCUGCACUAAUCAUUUUUGCCCUUGUUAUUUUUGACAACCCCCACUCACUGCUUCACACUGAAUUCACAGAUAGAAAACAGCAGGAUUAUGGGGCGCAAUGGGAAAUACAGUCAGUGAUGUACAGUUAAUUAAUUCAUGUUGGAGACUUCAUUAUGAUCGACCUGUGUUACAUCCAUUUAUACGUUUCCUUCAGGCAAAGAUAAGAGUUUGUGCAAUUAAGGGGUUGAAAUUCAAAAUAAGAUACAAAUUUCCAUAAAAUGAUGAAUGGCAUUAACAAACAUUUUAGGUUAUAUGUAGUAAGGUGUAGUUUAAGUUGUCUAUCUACAAAAAUUAAAGGCUGUUUAAGUUAUUUAGAAUCAAACCCUUUACGGUCUGAGUUGUAGUUCGAUCUUUUAAAGACGUUCACUGUGGAUUUAAUCCGACAUGUGCAAUAUGAAUUUAGAUAACAACUUUACGGACUUUACUCACAAGAGCUCGAGCAACAUUUUAAUUACCCCCUUGGAGGAAAGCUGUAUCUCCUGUGGCCUGUCGCCAGGCAAAUUCAUUUAUGACGCAGUUAUCUCUCUGGGUUACUCAUGGUUAUUAAUGUCAGUGUGGCUCUCACCCGCUCUCUGUUUGUUUUGCCUCAGAGACACCUUGACACAGAAGUGAUGUGGGACAUUUACAAUGCUAUGACAUGUGAUAAAAGUUGACCAUGUGAUUUUCCAAGUCGCAAGAAGUAAGAACGAAAAAUGAGACUGUAUUGACGUAACUGAAUGUAGGUUUGAGUUGAACUCCUUUGCUUGCAGUUUAUUGUAGCUAUUCCUUGUUCUGCUAAUCAGUACCAAGACAAUGAUCUGGACCAGAUCAGCCAUGCCUUUUAGACAAAACCAACUGAAAAACACAUUCAACCAGGAACAACCUAGACAAAGGUGUGUAUGAGGAAAUAAUGGGUACACAUUUGCUUUUGAUAGUUUUCUAAACACAGAAAGGUACAAGAAAAAGCCAAACAAUGGUUUGAAGAGUAUUUUCAAAGGGGAAAUGUUUGACAAUGGCCACAAGUGGCCUGUAUCUGUGUUGUUUUAUCUUGUACUCUUUGUUUGCACAUUGAUUUAUCCUAAUCAGUAUUUCUACAGUGUCCAAGUGCCUUUUGUUUCAAGUGAAAUAUAUCACACGUUAUAUUGAAAAAAUAUUUACGCAAAUGUAAAGUGUAUGAAUCUACUUUUCAUUACGUUUUAGAGUACUGAAUUUGAAUAAGUUGACAACAGAUGUGAUUUGCACAUCAGGGCCGCUGCAACACUUUUUAAAGGCGUCAUCGGUGUUGACUAUGACGACGACUCUGUGAAAAUAAAC